AUGCCACCAUCUACACCUCCCGACGACGACGAUGUGUCGCAGGUUCCCACCACUCCUUCCAAGGCCAGCAGGCCGAACACCAAUGCAACUGCAGAAACUCCGACGAUUGAUGAAUCGAGCCCAGAAGCGAGAACUGACUCUACUCCUCCGGCUGUCGUAAUAAAAACCCGGCCCAGGGCGAACUCCAAAAAAGAACCCACAUUGUUGACAGAUUUCCUACGUGGUAAACAAUCUCCAGCUCGCCUAGCAGCAGAUCGUAAACGACGAGAGAGUUUCGAAGCCGUCAAGGCUGAACUACGUCAGGGUAUGAGACAAAGCUCCGUACAGAGACUUCAGCAACCUGGCGGCGUAAGAGAGAGGGUUCAAAAAUGGCAAAAGGCCAAUGAUGCAUCCCUCGCCGAGGGAGACCCAGACGAUGCAGCAACAGAGCCUACAGAUGUUGCAUUCAAGGGGGAAGACGAGGAAAGCGUGACCGAAUCUGAUAGGAUACGAAUCAAGUUCAGGCAGAAAAAGAGAAGCGCAUCAAAACCAAAGCCGACGCCAGCAUUCUUAGACGGUCAAACGCCUACUUCGAGCACCGACCAGACCGAGACUGACGAUAUACAACCUACUUCCCCCCCGAAGAAGAGGGUUGUCAGUGAUGAACACUGGAGGAAGCCAAAAACCCGCAGAAGCCCUCCCAGGCGGAGGGCUUCUCCCUCAACCAAGAAGCCGUCGCCGAGCCCCAGCGGGCUCCCAAAAGAUUUUGUUCAGCGGUCUGGAGGAAACCCAUUGGUAUCAAACAAGAUAAAAGAAUGGGCUGCCAAAAUAGAUGUUCCUGAUUCGCCACCACCGCCAAGAAGCCACAGGUCGUCCAAAUCAAGGGAUAGGAACGCUCGAUCUGAGGGAGCCAGGAGCGAGGCCGGAGAUUCCGCCAGUGACAUUACGGCAAGAUGGGUUCAUAUCCACAAAUCGAGAAAUGAUGACGGCAUUCGCAUCAAACCCAUGAGACCAAAAAAGUUGGAUGAUGAUGGAGCCCGUAUCAAGUCUCCAAAUGCGGCUACUACUGUUCAUGACGACGGCAUCAGAAUACGACCAAUAAGCGAGACAUUUCGAUCCAGCGCUACUCGCGGAGGAGUCAAAACUAUAUCGCGGUCAAGAAGCAAGACAACGUCUGGUUCCGGUCGCCCAAGUUCGCCAUCAGGCCGAACCGACGUCACACAAGACCAAUCUGAUCGCUCGCAGCAAACUGGGAGUCAGCAUCCCCACGAUGAAAUCGGUAAAUACGAAGCCACUGAGGGCCGUGGUUCUGUGAUCGACACACCUACCAAGAGCAGGGGUUCGCGGCGACAAAAGCCAAAAACGCAAUACUCUGAACUAUCCAAGACCACAGACGAAGUUUCAUAUUUGAGCGAAGAGCAAUCCAAUCUCAGCAGCGCUUACAAUACAGCAUCAGAUCUGGCUUCGAGUCUUGCCAACAAAUCUAUUGCAGAUCUCCCGGGAGAUAUUCCCUUCGGGCAUUCAGCUUUCAGUGAGCUCGACUUGACGAUUGAAGGCCAGCCCAAGAGUCGUCCCAAGCGACCCAAAGUCGACCGGACCACCAGCCUCAAAUCCAUGCCAAAAGUUUUCAAGAAAGUUGUUGAAGAGGGCAAGAAGAUCAUACAUGAGAUGAACGAACCUCCAAAGCAGGUCGUUCCAAAUAAGCCACCGAGCAUCGAAAAAUGGCUUAACAAUACUGUUGACCCAUUUGUGGAUGCAAGACCAGGAGCAGACUCAAAGUCCCAGUCGCCUGCAGCAAAAGAAGAGCAUGCCGAAGAAGACCAAGCCGUUAAGCCGCGCCGGCGCGGAUCGCAUGGAACCAGGACAUCCCAACAAUCAACUUCGAGCAGUCACAACAAAGCCGAUAAAGAUAUCCAGAAGGAGAUGGCAGUUGAAGACGACCAUCAAAGUCCGGUUUCCGAGACGACAAAAGCAUCUAUAACGCCUCAGUCAUUAGGAUUGAAGAGGAGUCGAGCAAUUAGGAGCAAUUCUUCUCCAAUAAAGACAGAAAGUAACCGGCGUCAGCUGUUUGGUGCUCUCAGAGAAGCAUUCCAGGGAGAAUCCAGCCCUCACUCAGUCCAACCAAGGAGCUAUCAAAGCACCGAACGGAAAUUUUCACUUACCGAAGAUGUCCCUCAACCUCUGCAAAUACGAAAAUCCAUGCCGCCAGAGGGCGCCGACGCCUCAUCGAAAACGCUGGCUGCACCAAGGUUUCCCCCUCCUACUAGUGGGGAUCACGAACUAUCGACAAUUCUGUCAGAGGAUAGUUCCAGCGCCAUUGACUCUGAUUUGACAUCAGAUGUCACUCAGUCAACUCUGACACAAUCAACCAUUCUUACAAAGGACAGCGGUGCAUCCAAGUCCGAUGAGAAUCCCACAACGGGACUAAAGAGAAGACUGACAAAACACUCUGAUUUGGUAUCUGUGCUGUCGCUACCAGAUGACUCCAGCAUCCCAAACGCCGCCAAGAGCAAUCGCUGCAGACCCAGCCUGCGUAAGAGAAGAAAUGCGUCGGGCGAGGUCACCCCACAGGAGUUGCUGCGAGAAUUCAUUGAUGACGAAAACUUGUACCUCCGCGAGCUCAAGACAUUAGUUGACGGCGUAGUGCCUGUACUACUCUCGCACGUGGUCAAUGGCACCAAUGCUACGGAGCUCUUUGGCCCUUCAGCCUCUGGAAAGGUGCCAGACAGCAUUUCCAAAUCUGUUGUCAACAUGGGGGUGGCGUUGGAGAAGCUGAAAAGUGCACAUAAGAAAGCCCCCACGACCGAUAUUCGCAAAAUGGCCAACUGGGCAAAUGGUGUUGUGCCCAUGUACAAUAGCUAUCUCAACGCCUGGCGACUCGGCUUCGAUGAUGUGGUCGUCAAUUUAGCCCCAGCAGCGGACGGUAUGGAUGAUGCAGAUUCGUUAUUAGAUGCUUUGCCGAGAAAUGAAAACGGGGAUAUUGUCAAUAGCGAUGGAGAGCGCGUGGCAGUAGCGCACCUCCUGAAAAGGCCCUUGAUUCGGGUAAAGCAAAUCGCCAAGCUCAUGAGAUGCGUUGAUUCUAUUGUCGCAUCCAACGACACUCAUGAACUUCUCCGAGAUUUUGAGAACCUGCAAGACAAGGCUCGUCGGCGAUACAGAGAGGAGACUGCGAGAAUUGUGGAUGAAGAAGCCGCCAACACGGAUACCUCAAGAUGUCGAGACCUAGGAACGCUAGAUGGCUGCCACGCAGUACUGGUUGACCCCAGCCGCCAGGUCAGCGCCAAGGACAUCUUUUCUCUCAGCUUGUGUCACUCCAAUGGCCAAAGACUGGACUGCCAGGUAGAGCUUAUACACAGAGACAACCAAAAAAAUAUCACGGACAGAGGGGACGUCUUGAUACGAGAGACGGGAGGGAGCCGUAAAUCCUAUCUUCUCUUUCCUCCCAUUAGUAUGUCAAUGAUUUCUGCGAGGACAGGGGACAGUCAUUUUGACAUUAUUGUGAUGGUCCGCGGCACAACUAAGGAAGUGACGUGGCGUGAGGUCUUUACCCUCACAGCUGACAAUGAAGACCAAAUUCUCGAUUGGCUCGAUAUCCUUCCCUUACAUCCCGUACCACCUCUGGAGUUCGGCCCGCAGGCACCUCGCGAGGCCGAAGAAAAGCCUCAAAGCCAGCCGAGAACACCAACACGACAGCGAGAGCCCUUGGUUGGGACCGCUACUGAGGCAUCGCCAGAAAAAUCCCCUCGAUCCCCAAUUGCCAAAGACGUCUCUGUCUCUACGCCUACAAGCACGAGCAAGACGACUACUCCGUCGCGGUACCAUGCUCGCACUCCGACAGCGGGACAGACUCCUCCUUCCUCCGUCACCCAAUCGCCACAGCGACAUCCGGAAGAUUUGGAUAAGACACCAACGAAGGAUGAUUAUCAUGCAAGGGCAAACCCUGAAAGCCGAGGUCGUCCCUUGAAGGAGAGCAUGCGACCAGACCCUACGUUGUUUCAACCCAGGAGACAAGCUCAGGCCCCGAACUCGACACCGUAUAGACAAGAUGGAGCCCCUCCACCACCCGUCCAUAGAACUCUCAGCACGAGCCUGAAGACCGAAGGGGGGGAUAUUAGCAAGUCAGCCCCAGCCAUACCGCCCCCAGCAGCAGAUCACCAUGGUAGCGAUCGACUUAAGCGUCGCGGGUCAUCGCCACUGAAGCAUGAGUAUUUGCCAUCAGACCAGUCGUCAACCUCGGAGGCAUACUCGACAGAAGAGUCCGAGGUAGAGUCAUCUGAUGACGAGAUCGAGAGCCUCGACAUCCCCGAAACCGAACUAGGUGUCAGCAUCAAAGAGGAAGGCCGUCGCCGUCCGCAGCCAAGCAGUACUCUCAUACUGGAGUCCGAGUGCAGCCUAACACCAUCUAAUUCAGCUUCCCAAGGCGGCUUGCGCGAGAGCAGUGUUGCUCCAGACGAACAAAUUGCACGGUACAUGGCUCGCAUUUCCCGAUGGUCCGAUAAGGGAAUGUGGAAAGAUAUCGUGGCCGACCCGUGCUCUGUUGUUGUUACGAACGGUCUGAUUGAAGCAUAUAAUUGUCGUACGGCAUCCGAGAACGGCAACACUGACCCUCCUCUUCUCGCUCUAGACCUGACUCCCGUGGUUCUCAUUAGACAGAGCACCGCUGUUGACUUGGAAAUUCGCUCAUCUGUUCAAUCUCAUUCCAAGCUCUAUCAGUCGCACAACGGUGGGAAUUUCCGAUUCCGUUGUUUUGCUGCACCUGAUUGUUACAACUUAUACAUGUCGGUACAUCAAGCUCGACUCCACAAUCAAAAAUUCAUUCAGCUUGAGAAUGAAGCCAGAUUCAAGAGCUUUGGGGAGAGGCAGUCGCCUGAAAAUGACGGUGAAACGAGCAGCCGACGACGUAGCUGGUUUGGUAGGAAGAACAGUUAUCGAAGCUCGAUCCGCGCUCCCUCGCAGUCUCACGAUGGAGCUAGCACAACGCCUUCGUCUACGCCAUCGGCGUCUAGUUUCCUCAAACGCCUGACAGUGAAGGGCAACAUGUCAUUCAAUAUCGCCAAGUCGUCAGUCGACAGACAAAGCCGAGCCGGAAGCGGAGUGCAUAGCCUUUACACAUCGGGAUCAUCAUCGGCCAGCGGUACUCCUCCCCGCUCGCCCUCUGUCAGCCUGGCACAAAGCAGCCAUCAUCCAAUGCAUCUGGGUACGGACAACAUCCGGAUCCGACUUCAUCUGCUGGUGACCUCGACCAAAUGGGAGGACUAUGGAAAUUGCAGUCUGCAGAUAAGGCGACCACCGCCCGGCUGGCGCCAGGCGCUGAGGGCAGAUCACGGCCUCGAAAAGCGCAUCACGGUAACCACUUUGCCAAAGAAAGAUAGUGAAGAAGCCAAGAUUGCGCUAGAUGCCGUCUUGGGUAGCGGUUGCUUUUCAGCCAUGGGGAGCCGAGGUAUUGUAUGCGGCGUGUGGGAAGAGGUGAAGAAUGGGGACGGCGUUGUAGGAAUGGUUCCGGAAACCGGUGCAACGGGCGGAAACAUCAAGAAGUGGUGUUUCCAGUUCUCAAAUGCUGCCGAGGCUAACGGUGUGCUUACUCUUGUACACCAGGAAGUCUUGCGGGCGUAA